GUUUCAAAUUAACCCAAAUAAAAUACUAUACCUAAUCAACAACAACAACAAGUUUCAAUCCAAGAUGGAAAGGAGAAAGAAAACAGUCUAUCAGUUAGACACUCCCUAUUCAGCUGUAUCAUGGCCUAGCGUAGCUCUUGAGGACCAAGAGACCAUCUUAGAGCUUCUGUGCAACUUGCUCGUACCUUUGGGUCAGUACCGCUCAGAAUAUGUUGAGCUGUCGAAAGGCAAACGCGAUAAGAAGAGGAAGCGCAAAGCUACAACCGCGCAAUCUGAAAGUAUUGCACCUCCUCCAGCUCCGGAACUAAAGUCUUACGUAGAUGUUGGAAUUGUAACUGUCACACGUCAUUUACAAGAGUUAGCAUCUCAAGCACAAGCCAAGAUAACCAGUUCGGACGACAAGUCUACUACUCAGGAUGCCGCUCACCGAUCUUAUUCAGCCAUUUUCGUAGACCGAUCUGAACUUCCAAAUGUUCUUAAUGGACAUCUCCCACAGGCGGUAGCUAUUGCUUCAAAGGCACAUCCUGAGCAGAUACCCAUCAGGCUAGUAGGGUUCUCGAAGUCAUGUGGCGAGCGUCUAUCUGAGUCGCUGGGCAUACCCCGUGUUUCCUGUAUUGGGAUUCGUCAAGGUGCCCCUGAUUCUAAGGCGUUGGUUGAAUUCACAACCAAGCACGUCCCCAUUAUUGAGAUACAGUGGAUGGAAGAGGCAAAGAAAGCGGAGUACAAGGCAACUAGCAUUAACACGAUCGAGACAUUUGUGGGAACUAAGAAACAGCACAGCCAUGGAUUACCUGGACAACAAUAGGUGUCCUGCCUAAACCCGUUCAUAAAUUCUCAUUGAUAUAGACGCUCUACCUCAUACGAUGAAUUAGAUACCUAUGUCCAUCACAUCAAGCAGCUAUCUAUCUACCUGAUUAAAAUACCUUCGUCCCAAUAUCACAAUAAACGCCACCUUAAACUAGAACGAUAUGCUUCCGUAUACCUCGUGCCUUAGAUACCUACCGAUCUAUUUGAUCAGUUCCUACUUCGCCGCCUCCGUAGACUUUCCUUGUCUAGUCGAUUUCGUUUGCACUAGGAUGGGUACCCGCAUUCACAAACACCAAUCUGACCCAACAUGCUUUGCUAGUACGCUUGGGUAGGCUAGGUACCUAGACAGGUAUGCAUUUUUGCUGGCCUUGAUGUUGUUUUGAGAUAAAUAGCAGUGGAAAUAGGAAGGGGAUGGGCAGAUCCAAAUCCAUUAUACUACAUGUACCUUAGGUAAGUAAGCAAGCUUGAACUGGCCAAGGGGGGAUAAUUAGUACACACUGGGAUAGGGGG